AUGUGCGUCGAUAGCCGCCUUUCACUCGAGGAUGUGGCCCUGAUUCUCGCCCUUCCAACACCUCAAGUCUGGCUGGCUCGUGUGGUCACCCUGGUCGCGGAUGUUAUAAACCAAGCCUCCGGCGCGGACUCUCUGGACUCCCUGGACUCCUCUCAUGCACCGGACGCCUGGGAUGUCACCCAGCAGAUUGACAUCUCGUCCAGUCCGACUCAGCGGUUGGGCACGGAUGCUCAUGCCUGA